CCACCACCGUGCAACCAGCCGCCGCCGCCGCCACCGACCCACCGCUCCGGGGCUGAGCCCGAGCGGCUUCAUGGGACCCCGAGCCGAACCGCUCCGGACUAACCCGAGCCGAGGAGGACCGUGCCGAGGACGCUGCAGCAGGGAGCCCCCGAGCCGAGUCGGAGCCGUAUUGGGUGCAAUGAGCUCUCCGCGCAGAUCUCGCCAUGGAAGGCUGUGAUGCUCCUGUCUUUGCUGGAGAGGACCAUGGGUGCAUCGUUUCUGCGAACCAAAAAUGGACUGAUCUCAACAGUGCUCUCCACCUUGACCAGUCUGGCAACAUGGAGCAUCCCAACAUGGAAAGCCACAGGUCUCUGGAAACUCUGAGUGGCUCGUUCAAUGAAUGCAUGUCUGAAAGCUCUGACCCAUCUGGUGCCAUCUCGCAGUCUCCCAGCAGAACGGUCUGUUGUAGCGAAUGUUCAACCUCCUUUCCUAGUUUGCAGAACUACAUGGAGCACUCCUGCCCUGGUACACGGCCAUCACUCGCACUGAAGGAAGAAAGCGAAAGUGAUGUUAGUUCGGAAGAGGAGGAGGAGAGCGAUGUGGAAAAUCUUGCUGGAGAGAUAGUCUACCAGCCCGAUGGCUCUGCGUAUAUAGUGGAAAGUGUCAGCCAGCUGAUCCAAAGUGGUGAAGCCUGUGACAGUAACCCUAGCGAGGCUCUUCUAUCCCUCUACAAAAAUUCCCUGCCCAAUGCAACGGGAAAGUCUGAGGAGUCUUCCUCUGUAGGCCCCGUUUACCCACAAAUUAUCAAUACUUUCCACAUAGCCUCGUCCUUCAGGAAGUGGUUUGAGAAUUCAGACAAUUCUUUCCUGGAUACCUCCACCCUUUCAGGCCUCAGCCCUGUCCUGCACAGCUUCCGAGUUUUUGAUGUGCGCCAUCAAAGCAACAAGGAUUACUUAAAUAGCGAUGGUUCUGCCAAAAGCUCCUGUGUAUCCAAAGAUGUCCCAAACAAUGUAGAUUUGUCCAAAUAUGAUGGCUUUGUACUGUAUGGUAAGAGGAAACCCAUUCUAAUGUGUUUUUUGUGCAAACUUUCCUUUGGCUAUGUUCGAUCGUUUGUGACCCAUGCUGUGCAUGACCAUCGAAUGACUCUAAGCGAGGAUGAGCGUAAGAUUCUUAGUAACAAGAACAUUUCAGCCAUCAUUCAAGGGAUUGGGAAAGAUAAGGAACCUCUUAUUAGUUUUCUGGAACCAAAAAACAAAUCUUUUCCCCAUCCUUUAGUUUCCUCUGCCAACUCUACUGGACCUGCUAAUAGUUUUUAUGGCAAAUUUAGUGGCAUUCGCGUAGAGGGGGAUGAAGCCCUGCAGGCUAGCCUAGCACUUCUAAAAGAUAGCGACACUACUUCCAGUGGGGCAGAGCAGGCGCAAACCAACACAAUGUCCCAAAGUACUCUGCUUAACUUUGGAGGGUUGACUAAUUCCUCCUUCAGCGCCUCUGUAAACUCUGUUUCUUUAAGCUCCUCAGGCUCUGGCCCUACCAAACCUUCCUAUAACCAGGAAUCUGAAACGGAGCCUGAGAAGCAUCCUUUGGGAGUACAAGAUGGCAUAUCGGAAAGGCUAGAACGUGAGGAGGAUGAGGAGGAUGAAGAAAUGGAUGAGGAAGGUGUAGAUGAUGACGAGGAAGGGGAGGACUGCAAAGCACUGUUUUCACGUGGGCUUGAGGAUGACUUGGCGGACAGGCCUCAGGAGGAGUCUGGGGUGUUUGCCGAGAGCAGCGGCAAAAAGGACCUGGCUCUCACAAACCAAAGUAUUUCUAACUCUAAUUUAAUGCCUAAUGUGCCCCAGCCUAUGGGAAGGGGCACACCUACAUGUUCUUCUUCCUUUGUUGUCUAUGAUGGUGCAAAUAGGAGGAACCAUUUAAGCUUUAACAGUGAUGGCGUUGGUGCCAGCAUGGCGGAGGGUGGGAUAAAAUUGGACUUUGUUGAUGAAAGUGCCAAUAGGGACAAUGCCACAGCACCUGAACCAAAUGAAAGUGCAGAGGGAGAGGAUGGAAGCUUUGCCACCCACCACCAGCACGCCGAUAACCCCUGCGAACUUGUCACAGGGGAAUGCCCUUCUGGGAGUGGGGUGGAGUGUCCGAAGUGCGACACUGUACUGGGCUCGUCGCGCUCACUUGGUGGACACAUGACUAUGAUGCACUCUCGGAACUCUUGUAAGACUCUUAAGUGUCCAAAGUGUAACUGGCAUUACAAAUACCAGCAAACGCUGGAAGCACACAUGAAAGAAAAACACCCUGAACCGGGUGGUACCUGUGGCUACUGCAAAUCUGGUCAGCCUCAUCCUCGCCUUGCCCGGGGAGAGAGCUACACGUGUGGUUACAAACCUUUCCGCUGUGAGGUCUGUAACUACUCAACCACUACCAAAGGCAACCUCAGUAUUCAUAUGCAGUCGGACAAGCAUUUGAACAACAUGCAGCAACUGCAAAACGGAGGGAGUGACCAAGUUUUCAGCCACACUGCCGGGGUAGCAGUCGCUGCCGCCACUGCAGCUGCUGCCGCCGCCGCUGCUUCCAACAUUAGCAACUCCUGUGGGGCCCCUUCCCCCACCAAACCAAAAACUAAACCCACCUGGCGCUGCGAAGUGUGCGACUACGAAACCAAUGUCGCAAGGAACCUGCGAAUUCAUAUGACCAGUGAGAAGCAUAUGCAUAAUAUGAUGCUGCUUCAGCAAAACAUGUCCCAAAUCCAACACAGCCGGCACCUGGGCAUCAGCAGCCUGCCCACCCCGGCUGAAACCGAUCUCUACCACUUUUACUUGGCACAAAACAUGAACCUGAAGAUGGACAACUCGGCUAAUGAAUCGCAGUAUAUUAUGGGAGGUUUCCAGCUGGAUCCGACUAGCCCAAUGCCAGGGAUGGCUCCCACUGUUGUGGGUGGUGAAAUCCCCCUGGACAUGCGGUUGGGUGGUGGACAGCUGGUCUCGGAGGAGCUCAUGAACCUUGGCGAGAGUUUUACCCAAACCAACGACCCUUCCCUGAAACUCUUUCAGUGCGCCGUAUGCAACCGCUUCACGACCGACAACUUGGACAUGUUGGGCUUGCACAUGGGAGCUGAACGCAACCUGCCGGAGGAGGAGUGGAAGUCCGUGGUGGGGGAUUCUUACCAGUGCAAUCUCUGUCGUUACAACACCCAACUGAAGGCCAACUUUCAGCUGCAUUGCAAAACUGACAAACAUGUACAGAAGUACCAGCUGGUGGCUCACAUCAAGGAGGGGGGCAAAGCCAACGAGUGGAGGUUGAAGUGUGUUGCCAUUGGAAACCCAGUGCAUCUGAAGUGCAAUGCCUGUGACUAUUACACCAAUAGCCUGGAGAAACUGCGUUUGCACACCGUGAAUGCAAGACACGAGGCCAGCCUCAAGUUGUACAAGCACUUGCAGCAACACGAGAGCGGCGUGGAAGGAGACGCGUCGUACUAUCACUGCGUGCUCUGCUCUUACUCCACCAAGGCCAAACUCAACCUGAUCCAACAUGUGCGCUCCAUGAAACACCAACGCAGCGAGAGCCUGCGCAAACUGCAGCGGCUUCAGAAGGGCCUGCCGGAAGAAGAGGAAGAUUUGGGACAGAUCUUCACCAUCAGGACCUCCUCGCCCCCUGCAGAGACUGAGGAGCCGGCAGAGGACCCAGAAGGAGCCUGCGAUGCAGAUGCUGAGCCAGCGGAGGUGCCGAAAGACCAGGAGCCAGAGGGCGCUAAAGACACUAAUAGGGAAACAGCACCACCUUCUGUUGCACCUGAGCGGGAUCCACCCGACGCCGUACCUGCCAAGCUGCCCUCCAAUACGAGCGCCGAGCCACCGCCGAAGAGACCGAGAUCUGCCGAGGAGAAGAAGGAGCAGCAGCAAUUCCAGUGUCCAUACUGCAAAUACACCAAUGCAGACGUCAAUAGACUGCGGGUCCACGCCAUGACGCAGCAUUCCGUGCAGCCGAUGCUGCGCUGCCCGCUUUGCCAAGAUAUGUUAAACAACAAGAUCCACCUACAGCUGCACCUCACCCACCUGCACAGCGUGGCCCCGGACUGCGUGGAAAAACUCAUACUCACCGUAACUUCUCCAGAGACGCUCAUGCCGAGCAGCAUGUUUCUUCCUGUGAGCUCACCGGAGCGAGAAAAACCUGCGGCAGCCCCAGAAACCAACGAAAAGGCUUCAGAACCCAAUGAAGCAUUGUCCAAGAAUGCAGCCGUCCCUGAGAUGACGGAGCCGACUUCAGAACAGAGAGCGCCCACCAUUGACAACUUAACAAGAGAAGAUUCUGGGUUCUUGUGUUGGAAGAAAGGAUGUAACCAAGUGUUUAAAACCUCGGCUGCUCUACAAACGCAUUUCAACGAGAUUCACAACAAACGUCCCCAAUUGCCAGUUUCCGACCGCCAUGUUUACAAGUACCGCUGCAAUCAGUGCAGUUUAGCUUUCAAAACUAUCGAGAAACUUCAGCUCCAUUCACAGUAUCAUGUGAUCCGUGCGGCCACCAUGUGCUGCCUUUGCCAGAGGAGCUUCCGCACAUUCCAAGCCCUUAAGAAGCAUCUAGAGACCAGCCACCUGGAGUUGAGCGAGGCGGACAUCCAGCAGCUGUACAGCGGCCUUUUGGUGAAUGGAGACCUUACAAACAUGGGAGAGCCGGCAAUGUCCGACGACCAAAGCAUGAUGGUAGAUGAUGACAAAGAGGAUGAGAGUGACCUGGAGGACAAGCAAAGUCCCACCGGAAGUGAUUCAGGUUCUGUACAAGAAGACUCUGGUUCUGAACCCAAAAGAGCUCUUCCUUUUCGCAAGGGCCCAAAUUUUACCCUGGAAAAGUUUUUGGACCCCUCCCGCCCUUACAAGUGCACAGUAUGCAAAGAGUCAUUCACGCAGAAGAACAUUCUGCUGGUGCAUUACAAUUCAGUGUCACAUCUGCAUAAACUUAAAAGAGCCCUGCAGGACUCAACCACUGGGCAGCCGGAACCCACCAGCAGCCCAGAUAAUAAACCAUUUAAGUGUAACACGUGCAAUGUUGCAUACAGCCAGAGCUCCACGCUAGAAAUUCACAUGAGGUCCGUUUUACAUCAAACCAAGGCCCGUGCAGCAAAGCUGGAAGCAGCAGGUGGCAGCAGCAGCACAGUUAGCUCCAGUAGUACUUGUCCAUCUACGACCUCCACAACCACAUCCAACAGUGUCACCCCCACAUCAACCUGCACAACCACAGCAACAAGCUCUAGUGUUGUGAGCCAAAUGCCCACUGAACCUGUAGUCAGUGCUGGCACAAGCAACCUGAUCACUCCUACUGCCCCCUGCCCACCUGAGCAUAAAGAAGGGAAUCGUAAGAAACUGGCAGACAUGAUAGCCUCACGACAGCAGCAGCAUCAACAACAACAGCAGCAGCAGCAGCAGCAGCAGCAGCAACAGCAAGCCCAAUCACUGGUGCAGGCACAAGUGCAAGCCCACUUUCAACAAGAACUCCAACAACAAGCUGCUAUUCUGCAGUCUCAGCUAUUAAAUCCCACACUGCUUCCCCACUUUCCUAUGACCACAGAGACAUUACUUCAGCUCCAACAACAGCAACACCUUCUGUUCCCCUUUUACAUCCCUAGUACAGACUUUCAGUUCAACCCAGAGGUUAGCUUGCCCUUGACCAGUGGCACUUUUACAUUGACGGGAAGUGGCCCUAGUUUACUGGAAGACCUAAAGAAUCCACUACAACUUUCCCAACAGGUACACGCUCAUCACCAACAUCUCCUGCAACAACAGUCAAGCCAAAUGUGUAUAUCAGAACAGCAUUCCACUCUCCUGCAACCUCUAGAACUAAAGAACAAAUCUUUAAAGGAAACCCUCAAGGAACUAAAGAAAGAAAAAGAUUUUCAUGAAAGAACUGAUGAGACUACAGUGGCGAAUGAGUCGGUGCCCGAUGGCCUAAAGUGUAAAGAUAAGAAAGAGCCUACACCCAAUUCCAGCUCUGACUGUACUUUGCUUCCACCUCGUAUUGCGUCAGAUGCUCGAGGUAAUGCUACCAAAGCCUUGCUUGAGAAUUUUGGAUUUGAACUGGUUAUUCAGUUCAAUGAAAACAAGCAGAGAGUGCAGAAGAAAAUUGUGAAGAAUGAACAGAUUGACACAUUGGAGAAGUUGGAAUGCAAUUCAUGUGGGAAGUUUUUCUCCAACAUCCUCAUUUUAAAAAGCCACCAGGAACAUGUCCACCAACGUUAUUUACCAUUUAAGCAACUUGAGCAGUUUGCAAAACAGUACAGAGACCAAUAUGAAAAGCUUUAUCCGUUGAGACCCCAAACACCAGAGGCACCUCCUCCUCCACCACCACCACCACCGCCUCCACCACCUCCUCCUCCUCCAGCAACCCCACAGCCAGCUAUCACACCAGUUCCUACUACUGCUCCUCCACUCACCCCACCCAGCAUUUCACCUGCACAGCAGUCUGUGUCUCUGGCUCAACUUUCAAUGCCAAUGGACCUGCCUAUUUUUCCACCCCUUAUGAUGCAAUCUAUGCCAUUGCAAAGUAUGCCAGGGCAGAUGACUUCAGUAGAAACUCUUUCUGCAGACUUGGCCCAGCUGUAUCAGCAUCAAUUAAAUCCCAGUCUUCUACAACAGCAGAACAAAAGGCCACGUACCAGAAUCACAGAUGACCAGCUAAGAGUAUUACGACAGUAUUUUGACAUCAACAAUUCUCCAAGUGAGGAACAGAUCAAAGAAAUGUCCGAUAAGUCUGGAUUACCCCAAAAAGUUAUCAAGCACUGGUUUAGAAACACCCUCUUUAAGGAGCGUCAACGAAACAAAGACUCUCCCUACAAUUUUAAUAACCCUCCCAUUACUAGUUUAGAAGAAAUAAAGGUGGACUCUAGACCUCCAUCACCAGAACCUCAGAGGCAUGAAUACUGGGGAAGCAAGAGGUCUUCCAGGACACGGUUUACAGAUUACCAGCUCCGUGUUCUUCAAGACUUUUUUGAUGCCAAUGCUUAUCCAAAGGAUGAUGAAUUUGAGCAACUUUCCAACCUGUUAAACCUUCCCACGCGUGUUAUUGUUGUCUGGUUCCAGAAUGCACGUCAGAAAGCAAGAAAAAAUUAUGAAAAUCAAGGAGAUGGCAAGGAAGGUGAGAGGCGUGAAUUGACAAAUGACCGAUAUAUUCGUACUAGCAACCUAAACUACCAGUGCAAAAAAUGUAGUUUGGUCUUUCAGAGGAUCUUUGACCUCAUCAAGCAUCAGAAAAAACUGUGUUACAAAGAUGAGGAUGAAGAUAUGCAGGAUGACAGCCAAAAUGAAGAUUCUAUGGAUGCCACCGAUAUGUUGACACCUUCAAGUUCCUCAUGUAGCACCCCUAUGUCCUAUCAGAUCUAUAGUACUGCAGGCACAUCAUCCACAAACGCUGCCGGUUUCUCACAGCAGAUGAUGGAUAUGGAAGAUGCGAUAAUGUGUAGUUCCAAGCUAGAGGCUUUAAAUGAUGAUAAACCAAAGCAUUAUGAAAUUCCAAGGACACAGCAAAACCAAACCCAAGAACAGCCACUGCAACCAAAGCAAGAGCCACAGCAGCCUCAAACCACACAAGCUCAACCCUCACCACAGGACCAAUUGGAACAAAAAGUUACUGCAACACCACAGAAACAUCUAUCCCUAUCAUCUCCAUCCACGCAACCAUCCCACUGCUCGUUGACACAGUCAAGUCCCAGUGCGACUCAAAUUUCACACCACUCUAUGAAGCCUCUUCACUCAUCAACUCCACAGCAGUUAACAAAUUUGCCUCCUCAGCUAAUUCCCUAUCAGUGUGAUCAAUGCAAAUUGGCCUUCCCAUCUUUUGAGCAUUGGCAGGAACACCAACAGUUGCAUUUUCUUAGUGCUCAAAACCAAUUCAUCCAUCCUCAGUUUUUAGACAGAUCAAUGGAUAUGCCCUUCAUGCUAUUUGAUCCCAGUAAUCCAUUACUAGCAAGCCAGCUUCUUUCUGGAGGACUUUCUCAAAUGCCAACCAGCUCAGCUACUUCUCCUUCAGCACCGUCAUCCACAAUGAACACCUUGAAAAGGAAGCUUGAGGAAAAGGCAAACGCAAGCCCAGGGGAAAACGAUAGUGGGACUGGUGGAGAAGAACCUCACAGGGACAAGCGUCUGCGAACCACAAUUACGCCAGAACAGCUGGAAAUAUUAUAUCAGAAGUAUCUGCUGGAUUCUAACCCAACACGUAAGAUGCUUGACCAUAUUGCCCAUGAAGUGGGUUUAAAGAAACGUGUUGUUCAAGUUUGGUUUCAGAAUACUCGGGCAAGGGAAAGAAAGGGACAGUUUCGAGCGGUUGGUCCAGCCCAAGCUCAUAGGCGCUGCCCAUUUUGUAGAGCUUUGUUUAAGGCCAAAACUGCAUUAGAAGCUCACAUACGAUCUCGCCAUUGGCAUGAGGCAAAAAGAGCUGGCUACAACAUGAGUUUAUCUACAAUGCUUGUUGACUGUGAUGGCACUUUGCAGUUGAAAGGAGAUCUUUUUGACAAUACUUCCUUUCAUAACUUACCCCACAGUAGCAGUGACGGACACUGCAUUUCCUUGUCUCCGAUGAGCAAAUCUAUGGAUCUUUCGCCUAGAACACUGCUCAGCCCAUCUUCUAUUAAAGUUGAAGGGUCCGAAGACUUUGAAAGCCCCUCAAUGUCAUCUGUCAAUUUGAGCUUUGAUCAAGCUAAGUUGGACAAUGAUGACUGCUCCUCUGUGAAUACAGCUUUAACAGAUACAACAACAGGAGAUGAAGGAAAUGCAGACAAUGACAGCACCACAGGUAUUCUUGCUGAAACAAAAUCUGCAUCUAUAACAAGUGAAGGCUUGCCAAAGUCUGCCAUUAUGGCAAUGUCUGAGUAUGAGGACCAAAUGUCUUCUGGUUUAGUCAGCCCCGCCCCAAGCUUUUACAGCAAAGAGUAUGAGAAUGAAGCCAUUGUUGAUUAUAGUGAAACUUCCAGCCUUGCUGACCCAUGCUCUCCUAGCCCAGGUGCAAGUGGUUCAGCAGGCAAGUCAGGUGAUAGCGGAGACCGCCCUGGUCAAAAGCGUUUUAGAACGCAAAUGACUAACCUUCAACUAAAACUUCUUAAGUCCUGUUUUAAUGAUUACAGAACACCCACCAUGCUGGAGUGUGAAGUUUUGGGCAAUGAUAUCGGACUGCCAAAGAGAGUUGUUCAGGUCUGGUUUCAGAAUGCCCGGGCCAAGGAUAAGAAGGCUAAACUAAACAUGGCCAAGCACUUCGGAAUAAACCAAACCAAUUAUGAGGGACCCAAAACAGAGUGCACUUUGUGUGGCGUGAAAUACAGCGCGCGUCUGUCUGUGCGGGAUCAUAUCUUCUCCCAGCAACAUAUCUCCAAAGUUAAGGACGCUAUAGGAAGCCAGUUGGACAAGGAGAAAGAAUACUUUGAUCCAGCCACUGUUCGUCAGUUAAUGGCUCAGCAAGAGUUGGAUCGCAUUAAAAAAGCCAAUGAGGUUUUGGGUCUGACCCCUCAGCAACAGGCUGUAUUUGAUAACCCUCCCCUGCAAGCACUCAAUCUUCCAACACCCUACCCAGCUCUCCAAGGCAUCCCUCCAGUACUGUUGCCAGGUCUCAGCAGCCCAACUUUGCCAGGAUUCACUCCCUCUAACACAGCUUUAAGUUCUCCAAAAUCCAAUGUGAUGGGAGUGUCCAACACCACCGUCCCUUCUCCUGGCCUUCCAACUUCUGGACAACCAAAUAAACACCUUCCCAAAUCACUAAGCCCUACCAUUCCAUCACAGACUCAUCCUGCAUCCCAGUCCCAAGAGUUGCUGAAGGACAAAGAAAAUGAGAAGGUGAAAGAGAAGGAAAGGGGGAAAGGCAAGAGAGAUCCAUCACCCAUGCUCAAAAAAGAGAAAGGGGAGACUCAAGCUUCAACAUCCAGCUCAAUGCCGGGCAUGGAGUAUAUAGUAGACUCAUCCCAGCUCCAGGCUUUACAAGCGGCUUUGACAUCGGAUCCAUCUGCUCUGCUUAGCAGCCAAUUUCUUCCAUACUUUGUCCCUGGGUUCUCACCCUACUACGGCGCUCAGAUCCCAGGAACCUUACCAGGUGGUUACCUGCAGCCAAUGUAUGGGAUGGAAAGUCUGUUCCCAUACAACCCUGCUAUCUCCCAAGCGUUGAUGGGGCUUUCACAAGGCUCUUUACUUCAACAGUAUCAGCAGUACCAGCAGAGCUUACAGGAAGCACUUCAGCAGCAGCAGCGGCAACUCCAAAUGCAACAAAAACAGCAGCAGCAGCAGCAGCAACACCACCACCACCACCACCAUCAUCAGAGACUGCAGCAGCAACAACCCAAAGCAAGCCGAACCCCAACUCCUUCUGUUGUUUCCCCUUCAGAAAAAGACCCUGCCAAAGACUCCCCUAAGCUGGAAAAGCAGAAUCCUAUGGCCCAUGAGGUAUCGCACUCCAACAAGCCUCCAGAACAUCAAGAAGCAGAAAGCCAAGUUGCGGAUUGUCUCUUGGACCCCUUUAUUGUCCCAAAGGUGCAGUACAAGUUGGUCUGCCGGAAGUGUGAGCUAAGCUUCAGCAGCGAGGAGGCGGCUAUCAGCCACCUGAAGUCCCUCUGCUUCUUUGGCCAAUCUGUGGUGAAUCUGCAAGAGCUGGUGACAUGCAUCCCCACUGGUGACUGCAGCGGCUCGUAUCGCUGUCUAGGGUGUGAGGCCACGAUGUCUGGGGGCGAUGCACUGCGUCAACAUCUGGAGUCACCCUUGCACAAACACAGAACAAUCAAAAGAACAGCAAGAAACGCCAAAGAGCACCCUAGUUUAUUACCUCACUCCGCCUGCUUCCCCAAUCCUGACACCGCAUCUACCUCUCAGUCUGCUGCUGACUCCAAAGCCAGCCUCUCACCCCCUUCCCCCUCUGCUUCUCCCCACACCACCACCAAGUCCUGGUCUCACAGUACGCCCAGAAAACCUCCGCCACCCCCCACGCUCUCCUCAUCUUCAACAGUUACCUCAAGUCCGUGCAGCACCUCAGGGGUCGCGACCUCCUUUCCAACAGACGUUUUCUCUGAGGAGUCUGACUCGGAUCUCAGCCAAAAGUCUGACAGGGCGGGAAGUCCACUAGGCGCUCCUGAGAACCCAAGCUGUCAUGAGGAUGGCUCUCGAACUGCUGUGGGAGUGGGUUCUUUACGAUUGUAGACUUCGGAGAUGGACGAUGAUGAAAAUAAUAAUAAAUAUGAAUUUUAAAUAAUAAAAAAAAAAAAAUGAUAAAUAA